AUGGUUCAUAAGGCAAGCUUCUUACCAGAGACUGGUACCGAGAUCACUUCAGUAUUACAAGGAGGUUAUAACCAUCCAUUAGCCAGAGAAUGGCAGUGUGAAAGACAAUUAUCAAAGAACAUGUUCAUCUUUCCGCUCUUUGUGACCGACGAUCCGGAAGAAGAAUCUGAUAUUCCUUCGCUUCCAAACAUCAAGAGGUAUGGCGUUAACAAACUCAUUCCUUAUGUGAAGACUCUAGUUGAUAAAGGAUUAAGGGCUGUGAUCUUAUUUGGCGUUCCUUUGAAAGAUGGUGUGAAGGACGAAGUAGGAACGGCAGCAGAUGAUCCGGAUGGACCUGUGAUCUUGGCAAUUAAGUCUCUCAAGAAGGCUUUCCCUGACUUGUUCAUAAUGUGUGACGUGUGUCUCUGUGAGUACACUUCACAUGGUCAUUGUGGGAUAUUAUACGAAGAUGGUUCCUUGAACAGAGAAAAAUCUGUGUUAAGAAUUGCAUCAGUAGCUGUUAACUACGCAAAGGCGGGUGCCAAUUCCGUAGCACCAUCAGAUAUGGUGGAUGGUAGGAUCCGAGAUAUUAAAAUUGGCCUAAUCAACGCUGGUAUUGCUCAUAAGUGUCUUGUGAUGUCCUAUGCGGCCAAGUUCAGUGGAUGCUUGUACGGACCUUUCAGAGAUGCCGCUGGGAGUACCCCAAGCCACGGAGACCGUAAGGCUUACCAGUUACCAUCUGGUGGAUCUGGAUUGGCACGCAGAGCUUUGAAGAGAGAUUUAGAAGAGGGCGCUGAUGCAGUGAUAGUCAAACCUUCUACAUUUUAUUUGGACAUUAUAAGUGAUGCUUCUAAGCUUUGUGAAGAUUAUCCAAUUUGUGGUUAUCAUGUUAGUGGUGAAUAUGCUAUGCUUCAUGCAGCAGCUGAGAAAGGCAUUGUUGAUUUGAAGGCCAUUGCGUUUGAGAGCCACCAAGGACUUCUUAGAGCAGGCGCCCGUCUUAUAAUAAGUUACUUCACCCCAGAAUUCUUAGAAUGGUUACAGAUUUGA